AAUCCUCCGCGCAGGUUACGUAAGGCGUCAUGCGGCUCCAGUGCUUUCGGGCGGGGAGAGCGGCGUCCAAAAGCGGCACAUCGGGGCUGCGCGCAGACGCGAAGUGCGACCGAGAAGCUGCUUUUCCUCCGUCCUGCUGCAGGUCCCUGAUUCGUCACCAUGAACUUCUUGCUGGAGACGCUGCAGAUGCUGGUCCUGAGCAUCUACUACAACCUGGAGGUAUUCGUGCGACUCUUCAUCCCGGCGCGGAAGAAGAGCGUAUCCGGUGAGGUUGUGCUGAUCACGGGCGCGGGCAGCGGCAUCGGCCGCCUCAUGGCCCUGGAGUUCGCCUCGCUGGGAGCCUCGCUCGUCCUGUGGGACAUCGGCGUGGAGGGCAACGCCGAGACCGCCCGCCUGGCCACGGAGAAGGGGGCCACCACCGUUCACACGUACCUGUGCGAUUGCAGCAACAAAGCCGACGUGUACAGAGUGGCCGACCAGGUGAAGAGGGAGGUCGGUGACGUCAGCAUCCUCAUUAAUAAUGCGGGCAUCGUCACGGGGAAGAAGUUCAUCGAGGCUCCGGAUUCCCUCAUAGAGAAAACUAUGGAAGUCAACACCAUGGCCCACUUCUGGACCUACAAGGCUUUCCUGCCAGCUAUGAUGGCUAACAAUCACGGUCACCUGGUCAGCAUCGCCAGCUCCGCUGGCAUGAUUGGCGUCAACGGCCUGGCAGAUUACUGUGCCAGCAAAUUUGCCGCCAUUGGUUUCGCGGAGUCCGUCGCUCUGGAGAUGCUGUCGUUGGGCAAAGACGGGAUCAAGACCACAAUCGUGUGCCCGUUCUUCAUCAACACGGGCAUGUUCGAGGGCUGCGGCUCCAAGUGGCCUCGCCUGAUACCCACGUUGGAACCAGUCUACGUUGCCAAGAAGAUCAUUAAUGCCAUCCGCACGGACCAGGUGUAUCUGAUCCUACCGCGGAGCCUCUACGUAGUGCUGGGCUUGAAGAACCUUCUGCCAGUAAAGCUUGCCGUCUUGCUUGGAGUCUACCUUGGAGCAUUCAACUUCAUGGAUGCCUUCAAGGGACGUGUGAAAAAGACGCAGUGACCAGAAGGUGGCGCCAAAGAAUGCAACAAGCCAUGUUUCACACACUUACUGCAAUAAUUUAUAGUACUCAUUUUUAUAAUUAGAUUUUAUUGUAUGUUUUUACCUUGUACCUAAUGCAAUGUUUGGCUGUAUGUGACCCCCCCCCCAGCAAAAAUUGGUGAUCUACACAUUUUAUGACUGUAAACCACACUUGUAGCAUAUUCGAUUAUACUGUUCAGUUGAAUCAAGGGCGUAAGGUUGGCUUCACCAUUGGUAGGGACCAAAUCAGCCUCAAGCACACGCCAAUCGCACAAUAUUGGUAGGAACGUGUUCCUGCCACCCCUACCCCAAUCAACACCCUUGAGUGGAGCUCAGGAUGCACAUGCACAGAGUAAAUAUGAAGGACCCCCCCCCCCAGCAGUGUAAAAGGUGUGGACCAGUACCUGCCAUGAAAAGCAUGACACUAUGUGCUCUGCGUGCCCAAGGAAGGAAAUGAUAAACCUCUCUGUCACAUCCUAUGGAAAGCGCUCAAACCCACAUGCCUUGAAAUGAAGGACUUCUGCAUACAUUGGGUGGUGAACAUGACCCGUGAGCUCCACUGGCCCUGGGUGGUGAACGUGACCCGUGAGCUCCACCGGCCCUGGGUGGUGAACGUGACCCGUGAGCUCCACCGGCCCUGGGUGGUGAACGUGACCCGUGAGCUCCUCCGGCCCUUGUUUCAUUUUAAUUUCAGGAUUGAUUGAAGACCCUCCUGCUGCCAAAUGUAUCAAACACGACAGCGUGUUGAAAUAUGCACUUAGACGACCGAGACUCCCACACUCAGCAUCGCCCAGAAGCACUUAAAAUUACCUGAGAUUCACAAAGAGCCAUUUAAAGAUUCUAGUUAAAGAUCUUUAGCCCAAAGACCAGCGUAAAUUAGUGUUAACCUUGCUGUCCAAGGUAUUUAUUAGCAGUGUCUGGAAUGCACCCCAUUAUGUUAUAAUUAUUUCCAGUAGAUGCUUCAUACACUAUGAUUAUUAUUAUUUUAGCGCUCGGGCAUUUCUGUAGCUGGAUCCUGUAUUAAAGGCUGCAUUUCAUUACUUGGCCAGUAGGGCAGAUCUCACGCCAGCCGUUCGGCCGCAAAACGAUGCCCAUGGAAUCUGGCCAGUAAAGACUGGGUAACAAACCACUUAUUUUUGUACUCGACACUUCUGUGGUACAAAUAAAAAUUUCAUUUAGAGAUUUUAGUUGUCCAUUAUGUAUUGUAACUGCUGUUUACUGGAACCAGUUACUGAGUUUCUGACUGGAAUAUAUACAAAAAAGCCAAAAAUGAUCACGCUUAAUAUUUGUUUUAUGCUUGAAAAGCACUAAUAAAUAAAUCAAUCCGAUGUCCAAA